AUGAACUCCCUCCCGAAUCAGAACGCUCAGUCUGCCCUGGAGGCAAAGACGAGUCUCCUAGCCAAUCUGCCCAUCGAGGUCCUCCAAGACAUCCUGGACCACCCAGACCUAGACGACGACGUCUCCUACCUCAGCCUUGCCUUCACCUCGAGCUGGCUGUACCCCCACGCCAUCAAGCGAUGGGACGCCUCGCGAGCCUGGGCCCGUGUCCGCUCCUCCUUCUUCAACAUCACCGAGAUCCACUGGCACCGCGCAAAUGAGCUUAAGCACCUCACUUGCUUCGAGCUCCCCGGGGUCGGCAAGAUCAGGUACGCCUGCCCCACGCCCUACUUCCCCAUGGGCCCGCUGCCCCUCGUCUGGGACGGCACCGAGGAGUCGCUGCCGCACCUCCCGGCCGUCGAGGUCGAGGGCCUGCCGAUGCACCUGCGGCUGCGGCCCCAGCACACCCUGAUCGGCGACCUCAUCACCCAGGUGCGCAACUGGAACAGGACCGACCCCGAAGACCGCCUGACGCCCGCGGCCGCCGUCAGGAUCGUCGAGUGGCUCAUGGCGCAGGGCGCCAACCCGGACCAGGUGGCGUGCAACAGGUGCCUGCUCAGCAACUUCAGGACGGGCCCGAUCGAGGAGGAGGUGAGGAUCAGCGAGUGGAUGAAGACGGUGGGCAACUCGGCGCACACGCCCAUGACGCAGCUCAGCUACAUCCUCGAGUACAGCUGGCAGGCGCAGGACACGUGCAUGGCCGUCAUGGUGAGCCUCCUUAAGCACGGGGCCCGCUUCCCGCCCACCGUGCCGUAUCCCAAGUGCAGCAACGCGGGUUGCGCCAGGAGGUUCCACCCGUUCUACACGAAUGUCGAGUGUCACUGCUCGCACCUCGAUGAUAGCCGCAAGGGCAUGGCGGAUGGCGAGCCGGUGUCGACGCUCCGCCUGGCGAUAUCUGCGCCGUGUCCUGCCUUGUACCUGCGGCUGGCGCUACACUACAUCCCAAAGGCGGAGCAGGGACGGAGUUUGUUUACCGGUAAUGGGGGGCAGACAUCGUGGUAUGACCUCUUUGUCGACUCGCUGAACUGGGAGUGGCAGGAGCAGUUCCGGGACCGGGUGUUCCCUAUUCACGGUGAGCUCGAUCGAGGGUACGGCCUGGUGCCGCGUAAGAAUCGUCAGAAGCAGGUCAUCGUCAGGGCGGCGAAGAAGCUGGCGCUGCUCGAGCGGUCCGGUAUUAUCGGGUCGCAGGAGAUGGACUUCAUCUACGGAAACCUGCGGGCAGGGCUCAUGGAUGGCCGUCGCGAGAGACCACCGCCAAAGAGAUUUUAUCAGGUGUUUGGCGAGAACGGGUGGGGAGCUUGGGAGAAGAACUAUGCCGAGGACGUAGACCUAUUCUGGAGGAAGAAGUAUGGCAUUGCAGAGGAGGAAGGGCUGGCGGUGCCUCUGCUCAGCGCGACGUGUGGCAUGGGUACGGUGCGAGCGCAUUAUGCCAGGUUGGCGAAGGGAAUAGAGUGA